AUGGCUCAAGCCACGCCGUUCCCUAAGAAGCACAUCCUCAUACUCGGCGGCUCCUACGGCGGCGUCGCUACCGCACAUUAUGUUUCCAAGCAUAUCAUCCCUGCUCUACCAAACCCCUCCUCUUACCAGGUAAUCCUCGUCAGCGCCUCCACGCAAGCCAUGUGCCGCCCCGCAUGUCCGCGAGCCCUCAUUUCGGACGACAUGUUCCCACAGGACAAGCUAUUUGUUUCAAUAACACAGCAAUUGAAACAGUAUGGUAGCGAGAUGUGUAGGUUUGUACACGGGACGGCGACAAUGGUGAAUCAUGAGAAGAGAAGUGUAUCGGUCAAGUUGAGCACUGGCGAGGAAGAGGAGUUUGGAUUCCAUACACUAGUUAUUGCGACGGGUGCUUCGACGCCCUCUCCACUCCUCGGGCUUAAUACCGACUCAACGGCGCUACGAGAAGCGUGGGCAACGUUUCGAAAGGCGCUUCCGACGGCAAAGAGCAUAGUAAUUGCUGGAGGAGGGCCUGCGGGCGUCGAGGUAGCUGGCGAACUAGGCGAAUACCUGAAUGGUUGUGCGGGAUGGUUUGAAUCGAAACUUAACAGUCCGAAAGUCGACAUCAUGCUCAUUACGUCCGGCAAGGAGAUUCUACCCCAUUUGAGACCAACUAUCGCCCAGACCGCGGAGGGGUAUCUGGCCAAAGUAGGCGUGACCAUUAUUAAAAAUGCCCGAGUUGAGCGCCUAGAGCCGGAGAACACAGGGCUCGCUAUCGCAUCCCUCGUCACCAAGGCUACUCUCAGCCUCAGCAAUGGGACAACACUAUCAGCCGACCUAUACAUCCCAGCGACCGGCGCAAAGCCAAACACUUCAUUCAUCCCUCCUUCCCUUCUCGAGCUUGAUGGACGGAUCAAGACAAACAAACAGACCCUUCGUGUCGACGCUGCUUCGCAUCCACGAAUAUACGCAAUUGGCGACGCAUCGUCUUACGCACGACCAGCAAUCCACAACAUCAUCGCUGCCAUCCCUAUUCUGGGCGCGAACAUAAAGCGCGAUCUGCUUCUCGACGCUGGAAAGCCAGAAAGCGAAGUCGGUCCAGAGAGCAUAUUCGAAGAAGAUCUCAGGGAGACGCAGCUUGUGCCUAUCGGGAAGAGCAAAGGAGUUGGAUCAGCGAUGGGGUGGCGGAUACCGAGUUGGAUAGUGUGGAUGAUCAAGGGGCGCGACUAUUGGCUGUGGACUACAGCCAAGUUGUGGAGUGGGCGGCAGUAG